AUGAACCAGAACAUCACAAAGGAGGGAGCCAAAAUGGCGCUGUCGUUGUUUCCCGAGGGGGACACCAAAGAGUUCCUGGCCCAAACUGUUGCAGACUUUGCGGUUGGAUGUGACAUCUCCCCAGUCUUGUCGGAGCGUUUGACGCCGGAGUACAUGUUUCAAAACAUGGGUGGUCUUGACGGCCCGGAAGAAGGCGACCUGCAGAGAUUGCAAAAUGUGGAGGCGUACAAGAUCGAGUUUGCAGAGGAAGACGCCGAGUUCGUCGUGGAUCGUCGCUCCAUCUACAACCCCCACCAAGAGAAGGCUGACUAUGACGCAGCGGAAGACACCGAGCUCAUCAAUCAAGGCAUUCAAGAUUGGUUCAAAAGGAACGUAUUUGAAAAGGGCCGUACUCCUGGUUGCGAUCCCACGGUGGUGGAGGAAGCAGCGGCUAAUUGCAAACAGCGAUUUGGCAUUGGACCCUGCCUCAAGUAUGGAAUCUUGCACAGUUGCGCGCCAGUACAGGAUGCCCAACGUAACAAGACCAUGUUCAUUGAGUUUUACGGAACUCUUUUGAAUGUGGAGCGUUAUAAUCGAGACUGGGACCGCACGUUCCCAUACGUUCACUUGUGGGAACACGAAGAGCUACGCUUCCGGAUGAGGGCCAUCACAUACUCGGAUAUACAAUACCUUACGGUGCACAUGCCUGGUUACGGAUGA